UGUAGCCUCCCACCUUCCCACUGCUACAGUCGACAGCACCCACUUCCUAGAAGCUCACACACGCAGUCACUGCUCAUUCACACACCGGUCUCCAGCUCCGAGCUUCAAGCUUUCGUCUCACCUGAUCAAGGGAACGGAUUAACUGAUUCAGCAGACACCUUGCUGAGGUCCAAAGACCUACAGGUAAGCGGGAAUGUUCAGUCAUUGGAAAGGACGAACUGGGAAGAUGUUCCUGAUGCUGGUGGUGGCCAGCUGUCUGACCUUCGUUGCUAGGUUGGUCUACUUCUCUACAGUCAAUGGGUACAGGUUCUCUCGGGAAGUUCCCUGCACGCCCAGGAAACACGUGGCAUUUAUGAAGACCCACAAAUCGGCAAGCAGCACUGUGCUGAACCUCCUGUACCGCUACGGAGAUGCCAAGAAUCUCACCUUCGCUCUGCCUCCCGAUAAUCACCUGGGCUACCCGAAUCUCUUCAGCGCCACCUUUGUUAAAGGCUUUGCAAAGAACCCGGGCAAGGAAUACAACAUCAUCUGUAACCACAUGCGCUUCAAUCUGCCUGAGGUGAAGAAGGUGACGGGCAACGACUCUUUCGUCUUCACCAUCCUGCGGAACCCAGACAGCGUGGCAGAGUCGGCGUUUAUCUACUGUCACAAUGAUGUGCCGGCCUUUCGUGCCGUGAAGACCCUGACUGAGUUUGUGAGGAAGCUGGACAAGGAGUUCAAACUGCAAGGGAGCAACAACCACCUCGCCCAUAACGUGUUGUGGUUCGAUCUUGGUGGGGACGCGGAGGCAGGGGCUGAAGGACCUCACGUUGACCAAACCCUCAAGGAGUUCGACUCUACCUUCCAUCUGGUCUUGCUGGCCGAGUACUUUGACCAGUCGCUGGUCUUGUUGCGGGAGGCUCUGUGUUGGGACAUGGAGGACAUGGUGUCCUUCCAGCUCAACGCCCGUGACCCCUCGACCAGAAGCUCACUCCCCCCUGAUCUUCUCUCCACCCUCCAGCGCUGGAACGCCCUGGACUGGCAUCUCUACCGCCACUUCAACACGUCCUUCUGGCAACGGGUGGAACGGUACGGGGUGGACAGGAUGGAGAGAGACGUCAAGCAUCUCCGCCAUCUUAGCCAGAAAAUCCAAGAUAUCUGUCUGCAAAGCAGCACUCCAGUGGCCAAAAGCAAGAGCUCCAAUUACAUCAAAUCACCCGACUAUGGCUGGGCCAAGAUCACUGGUUAUCUCCUGAAAGGCAACUUGACCGGACAAACCAAGGAAAUGUGCAGCAGGAUGGUUCUCCCAGAGGGCACGUAUCUCAAUCAUCUAAAGAGAAAGCAGGGGUAGACAACCCUUGCACCUCAGCAAGGUG